AUGGUCUUAGCUCAGAAGAUGCGCGUGCCAGCAGGAGCCCCAGUGCCGUUCUGGCUGGCUGUCAAGAACAAAUUCCCAGUGUUUCAACGAUUUUCACGGCCUUCCCUUGGAACGGUCGCCGUCGUCGUCACGUUGAUCAUCACCGGCGCGGCAGUUUCCGCCGUCACCGUCUACCCCAAAGUCAACCACGACUACUACAAACAGGCGCAGAAGGAGGAACGUGCCUUAUUACGAGCCACAAAAGAAGAACUCGCCCACGGCCAAAACGUCUGGAAGGACCCGUUCGAGCGCAAAAAUUGAUUUUUUUUUUGUCCGAUUUCAAGGAAGUUUAGAAUUUUUUUCAUCCUUUUAGUUAGGAUUUUAGUUCAGCUAUAUGUUUUAUUAUUCAUGGUUCAUUCACGAUUUUUCUUAUCUUCAGCCACGUCAAGGUCCUAUUUGAAGGCGCAGAAGUUUCACAUGACCGAAAAUAACACUGAAAAGUUUUAUCCGUCAUGAAACCUUUUUGAAGCUUACCCUAAUCUUUUUAUACAGUUCAAAGAGUUGUUUUUUUAAGUAUCUUUGUAAAAAACAGUUCUUAUUCAAAUAAUUGGAAUUUACUUUAAACUUUUUAAAAAAAUAUUUCCUUUCUUCAUUUUUUUCAUUCGUUUUUUUGCUCCUUCUACGUGUAUAAUGUGUCUUCUUCUUGACUUUUUUUGCAUAUAAUAAAUAUUUCUAGAGAAUGGCAGAAUCGAAGUGCCGGAUAUUGAGAAUCCCAGCGUCUCUGGGGAAGCUUCAACGCCGGUGAAGAAAAAAAUCAGUUCGAUUUGGCGGCUUUUACAGAUUCUGAAACUGUAAGAACUAUAAAAAAACAAAAAUAUAUAAUUUUUUUAUGAAGGUGAUUGAUUUGACACUGACAAGAGCUGAUGCGAUUCCAGAUUUGUCGCGAUUUUUUUAGUCCUUGAGGUUGUUUAAAAUCCCAAAGAAUAAUAAUAAUAAUAGUUAAAUUUUUUUAGGAGCUGUGCAUGCGAACAAAUCUGAUGACUUCGAUCAACGAAAACCUGCUUUGUUUGAAAAAUUUGGUUGAACUCAACUUCUAUGAGAACCAAAUCACGGAAAUUGCCAAUUUGGAGCCGUUGGUCAGCUUGAAAAGGCUUGAUUUGAGUUUCAACAGGUUGGAUUCAAUAUUUCAAAGUUCAUAGAUGGCUAAGGGAACCUCUAAUUUUUAAAUUUUUAGUAAUUUUUUGGAUUCAUCUCUUAGUGUAACUGUGUCAUUGGAUAAAUUUAAAAAAAUAUGAAAGUUUUAAGGAAGUUCAUAGUUUCAAAUAAAUUUGGUAACUUCUCCUUUUGAAGUUUUGCUUUUUGAAAAAAAUGGGUAUUUUUUUCGAGGAAUUUUUUUCAAAAAAAAAUUUUUCAUUUACCCUAUAAAUUUUCGAUAUUUCAGCUUUCUUCAUGUUAAAAAAACUUUUUUUCAAAGUCGAUUUUUCUAGAAAUUUUCGAUUUUUUUAACUUUUUGAAGGGUUUUGUUAUUUUUAUUUCAUUUUUUUCAUUUUUGCUAGAAAUUCUGUUUUUUUAUCCAGGAUAUUCAAUUUUUUUAACUUCUUUAUAUCAAAGUUAGACCAUUAGAAUUCAAUUUUUUUAAAAAUUAUAAGACCAAAAAAAUUGAAUUUCAAACUUUCAGGAUAAUUUCAAGAUUUGCUUUGAAGUUUUUCUGAUUAAAUUUUUUUGAAGUUUGUAAUUUUUUUAAAGUCUUUUCUUCUGUCAAAAUCACAAUGAAACUUCAUUGUUAACAAAUUUCCAUUCAGGAUUCGUGAAAUCAAAGGCCUCUCAACUCUCAAAAACCUCACUCAUUUGUACUUGGUCCACAAUAAAAUACCGGUCAUCGAAAAUUUGGAUUCUUUGACGGCGUUGGAACUUUUGGAACUCGGCGAUAAUCGGUGCGUGUACAAAUUUCAAAAAAUUCGAAAAUAUUUUUCUUUCAGGAUCAAGAAAAUUGAAAACUUGUCCAACUUGAAGAAUUUGCGGGAGUUGUACCUGGGAAAGAAUAAAAUUCGCGAAAUUGAAGGACUUUCCGACCUUGUGAACUUGAGAGUUUUCAGCUUGCCUGUAGGCGUUUUUCUGGUGUAGAAUAUGAAUUUUGAGAAGGUUUUCAGGGAAAUCGAAUCGUUAAAAUCGAAAAUAUCGACAAUUUGACAGAGCUCGAAGAAUUGUACAUUAGUGAGCAGGGGCUGACCAAUUUGGCUGGCCUUUCGAAUUCUGUGAGAUUUUUAUUUUCUUAAACCUUUUUGAAUGAAUUAUUUCAGAAAAAGUUGAAGAUCCUGGACGUGGCCAAGAACGAGAUUACCACAACGGAAGGAAUCGAAAAUCUGACGGCACUGGAAGAUUUUUGGGUGAGAAAAUGUAGAAUUUUGUGUUUUUCAAACGAAAACGUUCAGUGAAAACUUUUUAAGAUCUAUUUUUUGAAUUUCAAAAUUGAGAGCCUAGAAUCUUUAUUUUUAGUUCAAAACUUGCAAAAAAACACCGAAUUUGCACUUUUCCGUAUUUUGAUUCUUAUCAAUUCGAGACCUUUCCAGUUGAAAACAUGAUCAUUUUUACACUUUGGGUGGUCGUAUCUGUGAGAAACUAGAGCACAAAAAUCUCGAUUAAAAGUUUUAGGACGAUCCAAAGUUUUUGAAAUAAUGAAAAAUCCGAAAAAAAAUCGAUAUUUCGGAAACUUCGCUGUUGGAAAGUUCACAAGGGAAAAGAAAAAAUCGAAAAAUUUAUUCAUUAAUUCACGCGAUUAAGAAAGUUCAAUCUAACUGUUACUCAUAGGGUCAUGUUGAAAGCGAUUUCGGACGCUUUUCGUUAAAAAAUGGUUCCGCGAAAUACGCAAAAAAAAGGGUCUUACAACGAAAAAUGGACGCGCGAGUUUAAAGUUUUAGUUAAAAAAUUUCAAAGUGCUUACUCGGGCAAAACUGAAAAGCUCCCCAAAAGCUUUUCUCAAAAAAAAAGACCUUGAAUUGGUCCCCAGCAGAUCUUUUUUAUAUCGUUUCACUUCUUUUUUCCAUAUUUUUCACAUCCUCUAACAAAAAGGAUGCUGGAAAACAACUGAAAAGAUUCGAGAUGAUUCAAAAAGGAUCCUCUGAGGCUAUGAAAAAGGUGCUCAAAAGCUUUUUUACAUAAUUUUAGGAGCUUUUAGAGGAAGCUUUUUAUCUCCCUCUCAGGAUACUUUAAGGAUCCUCAAAGGAACUUUUCCGUUUUACCUAUGUAGGAACUCCAGAGUGGUCCCUGUAGAGGCUACCUUGAGGUAUUUGUAGGGUUCCCCUAUAGGGGUCACUAAGGCUUGCAAAAUGGGUCCUGCAGGGGUUUCAGUUAGUGGUCCCUGUAGUGGACAUUCUAUUCGACAAUUUGUAUGAACUCGUUUCCAUGCGAAAAACGAAAUAAAUAAGCUUUUUUUGAAUGAAAUUUGAAGCCUCUAUAGGGCCGCUUGAGGUUUAGAGACUCAGGGGUCAGACCCUAAAUCCCUAUAGGGACCACCUCAACUUUACUCCUCUAGGGACCACUUUUCCGACCCCUAUAGGGGUUGUUUUCUCCCCUAACCCCUAUAGGGACCACUCUGGAAUUUCUUAGUGAUGUCAAAUUUUUGAGUUUCCCGCGUAAAAGUCGCAGUCUCGUAGGACCUUAUUAUCCUGGAACUCCAAUUCUCCGUAUAUCGUGAAAUAAUUUUUUCAAAAAAUGUACAUCGCGUAAAUUUUGAAGUCGCCGAAAAAACUUUGAACACGAUAUAAAAGUCAGAAAACCGCGACGCAGGCCGCAACACCUGAUCCAUUCCAAAAUGCGGUCAUUUUUCUGGGCUUUUCCAGGCCAACGACAACCGGAUCGAGUCUUGGACGGAGGUUGACCGACUCCGGGCUCUACCUGUCCUCGACACCGUCUACCUGGAGCAGAACCCGAUCUACACGGCCGACCGGACCGGUUACCGUCGCAAGGUGAUGCUCGCCCUGCCGCAGGUCAACCAAAUCGACGCCACCAUGUGCAAAUGA